AUGGUGUCAAUAAUCGAGCAUGUGGUGUUGUUCAAGGUGAAAGAAGACGCUACACAAUCAGAAAUUGAUUCCAUGGUAGAACGAAUUAAUUCUCUUGUCACCCUCGAAAAGCCACAACCACUUCACCUCACAAUGGGUCCAAUAUUAGUAAGUAGUAUUCGAUCCUCAUCUCUUUCACCUUUGAAUUUCACUCACAUACUCCAUAUCCGAUUCAGAUCCAAGGAAGACCUCCAUGCCUUUGCGGUGCACCCUACACACGUGGCAGCCAUCAAAGCCAACGCGCCUUUAGUUGUUGAUAUCAUGGCCCUUGAUUGGGUCAGUGAGGUUCAAGCUGAUCAGUUGGUUCUGCCACCUGGAUCUGCUUUGAGAGUCGCGUUCUUUAAGUUGAAGGAGGGUUUGGGUGAACAAGUUAAAGAUGAGGUUUUGAAGGGUAUAAGUGGAAUUCGACAUGAGAAGGUUGUUCAGUUUACUUUUGGGGAAAAUUUCUCUGUUGGUAGAGACAAAGGAUUUUCCUUUGCUUCGGCUGCGGUUUUUGCGGGUUUAAGUGAAUUGCAGGAAGCUGAUUCGGAUGAGGAAUUUGGGAACUAUUACAUGACUGAUAAGAUUAAGGAGAAUCUGGAUACAGUACUGCUCCUUGAUUAUCUGUCACAUAGGCAAACAACGUCUUGA